AUGUGUAUGAAGAAAUCCAUUGUUCGUAGAGGGGUGUGUCCUCUUAACUUGAUCCAGUGGGAUGGCAAAUGCUAUAAAGCCAUCAUGGAGCCUCUGACAUGGUUUAAGGCGAAACAGAGGUGCAUCAAGAUGGGGAGUAUCAUGGCAGUGCCACAGUCUCAGGAGGAACUUGAUUUCCUCAUGCGUCUAGUGCAACCUGAGUUUUGGAUCAAUUGCAAUGAUCUCGAAGAAGAAGGUACUUGGAAGUGUCAGGAUGGUGCUGAUAAUGUGGAGUACAGGAAUUGGCGAAAUCGCCAGCCCGAUAACUCUGGAGGCAGUGAGCACUGCGCUGAG